CAGACAGCUGGCAGGUCCCUUCUGUACAGUGAAGUCCAGGGAGAAGGUGCCAUCCAAGAAGCAGAAAGUUGGCUUCCCUGAUCCUGGAUCUCCAGCGCCUUGAAUUUGGACUUCCCAGCCUCCGGGACUGUGAGAAAUACAUUGCCGUUGUUCAUGGGCUACCCAGUUUAUGCCUGACUCAGACAUCUGCAAUGGCUAACGAAGCCAACCCUUGCCCGUGCGACAUUGGCCAUAGGCUGGAAUAUGGAGGCAUGGGGUGUGAAGUUCAAGUCGAGCACAUCAAAGCUUAUGUCACCAAGUCCCCUGUUGCCGCAGGCAAAGCUGUGAUUGUCAUUCAGGAUAUAUUCGGCUGGCAGUUGCCCAAUACCAGGUAUAUGGCUGACAUGAUCGCAGGAAACGGAUACACAGCCAUUGUUCCAGACUUCUUUGUAGGGCAGGAGCCAUGGCACCCCUCUGCCGACCGGUCUACCUUCCACGAGUGGUUGAAAACAAAGAAUGCCCGGAAGAUCGAUAAAGAGGUCGAUGCUGUCUUGAGGUACCUGAAGCAACAGUGUCACGCCCAGAAAAUUGGCGUCGUGGGAUUCUGCUGGGGUGGGGCUGCCGUCCACCACUUGAUGAUGAAAUACUCAGAGCUCAGGGCGGGGGUCUCCGUCUACGGCAUCGUCAAGGAUUCUGAAGAUGUUUACAGUUUAAAGAACCCCACACUGUUCAUUUUUGCUGAAAAUGAUGCUGUGAUUCCACUUGAGCAAGUCUCUUUGCUGACCCAGAAGUUGAAGGAACACUGCAAAGUUGCAUAUCAAAUUAAAACAUUUUCUGGGCAAACUCAUGGCUUCGUGCAUCGAAAGAGAGAAGACUGCUCACCUGAAGACAAGCCCUACAUUGACGAGGCGAGAAGGAAUUUACUGGAGUGGCUGAACAAGUACAUUUAGUAGUAAUCAAGUGCCAACUUUCCUAAAAUAGCCUUCAUCCAAAAACCUGCUUUGAAAUACUUAGAUCAUUUGAUUUAAUCUUCACUUUAUAUAAAAUAAAUGUAGAAAUACUGAAAUUCAUUAUUUCAUCUGAAUCACAAAUUCAGUAGGAAAUGUUAAUGUAUGAAACAGUUGAACUUUUAACAUGUACCUCAAAUAAAAAUUUAAAAACUAGAUCUGUACUUUGAUAAUUUGAAUGAAAGAGUAAUACCCUACAUUAUUAAUAAAAACCUAGGGCUGUUCAAGGACCAGCUGACAGCUCAAGUGUG